GUGCUGUCCUUGGAAGAAAGCAUCAACGAUUAGAAGCCCAGAAAGGCCAUAAAGGUAAUAUACUGAAGAUGCUGAAGGACAACAUCGUGGAGAAGCCCCUGCAGCAACGAAUCUACAGCGCCGUGGCAGCGGUAUUGAAGGCAGCGCGGCCGUGCAAGCGGUGGCAGAUGACAACGAAGGACCGCAUCAAGAAGAUAGAGCAUCUCGUGCGGGUAGGUGUAUGCCAAGUUUUGGAAAACUUGCCUACACCCCUGCACGCGAUGAUUUCCGCCCAGAUGCGCAACGAGGGAAAACCCAUCUAUGGACGACGCUUCACGAAAGAGGAAAAGGUAUUAGCUUUAAGUAUUUAUAAGCAGAGCCCAAAAGCGUUCUGA